AUGCGAGUCUCUAUUGCUCUAGUCUCUGUUGUCUUUGCACUGGCAGGCUCGGCAGUUGCUGCUCCUCUGUCUGUCAAUGGUACCCUUAAGACGAGAAGCAAAGUCAACAGCGAUGGACCGAAUUCCCUUGAAAACACUGUCACCAAUCCAAGUUCGAAUAUUGCAGAUUUCUUUAUCUCCUUAGCAAACCUCAUGUCUGGAACACAGGCAGGCGGGAAUGCAUCCGUCAAUGUUGGCGGUUCAGCCGAUAGCAGUAAUGGCGGAUCAGAUUGUAUCAACGAAAAUGCCAAUGGAGGCAAUGGAGACAAUGGAGGCAAUGGUGGUCCUGGCGGAACUGUAAUUAGCAGGAAAAGCAGAUCAGGUAUUAGUAGUAAAUUUGACCGGGUAACGCAGUUACUAAACCCCUCAAAAGAAAGCAACUUCGUUGACGAAAUCGAGGAUGAUCCGGACAAGACGAACAACACCAAGAGGGGAGAUGGCACCGGUGCUGUAACUCAGACUGGAUCUAAUAAUCAAAUUUGCGGUGGUUCGGGCGCGUAG